AUGGCAAACAUAGACAUUGAGGGAAUUUUGAAGGGGAUUCCAAAUGAUGGCCGUGUCCCCAAGACAAAGAUUGUGUGCACUUUGGGGCCAGCGUCUCGGUCAGUGCCAAUGGCGGAGAAGCUCCUUAGAGCCGGAAUGAACGUUGCCAGGUUCAACUUUUCGCAUGGGACCCAUGAGUACCACCAGGAGACUCUGGACAACCUCAGGAUUGCUAUGCAGAACACUCAAAUCCUUUGUGCUGUCAUGCUUGAUACCAAGGGACCUGAGAUUCGAACUGGUUUCUUGAAGGAUGGAAAACCUAUUCAACUCAAAGAGGGCCAGGAAAUCACUGUGACCACUGAUUACAGCAUAAAAGGAGAUGAAGAAAUGAUCUCCAUGAGCUACCAGAAGUUGGCUAUUGACUUGAAGCCUGGAAAUACUAUUCUCUGUGCAGAUGGUACUAUCACCCUUUCUGUUCUGUCAUGUGAUCCAGCUUCUGGAACUGUGAGGUGCCGUUGUGAAAAUACUGCUAUGCUAGGGGAGAGGAAAAAUGUCAAUUUACCUGGUGUGGUAGUGGAUCUUCCUACACUUACAGAUAAGGACAAGGAAGAUAUCCUGCAAUGGGGUGUUCCUAAUAACAUUGAUAUGAUUGCUCUAUCAUUUGUUCGCAAAGGCUCUGACCUGGUUAACGUACGUAAGGUUCUUGGUCCUCAUGCCAAGCGUAUACAGUUAAUGUCAAAGGUUGAAAAUCAGGAGGGAGUGGUUAACUUUGAUGAAAUCCUUCGUGAGACGGAUUCAUUCAUGGUUGCGCGUGGCGAUCUUGGAAUGGAAAUUCCAGUUGAAAAGAUUUUCCUGGCACAGAAAAUGAUGAUAUAUAAGUGUAAUCUUGUUGGCAAGCCUGUUGUGACUGCCACACAGAUGCUUGAAUCCAUGAUUAAGUCUCCAAGACCCACUCGUGCUGAAGCAACCGAUGUAGCUAAUGCCGUCCUGGAUGGUACUGAUUGUGUUAUGCUAAGUGGGGAGAGUGCUGCUGGGGCUUAUCCCGAGCUUGCUGUAAAAGUUAUGGCUAAAAUCUGUAUCGAAGCAGAGUCUUCGCUCGACUAUGGAGCAAUCUUCAAGGAGAUGAUUAGGUCCACCCCACUCCCAAUGAGCCCAUUAGAGUCUCUGGCAUCAUCAGCUGUGCGCACUGCAAACAAGGCUAGAGCUAAACUCAUUGUAGUGAUGACACGUGGUGGGACUACGGCGAAGUUAGUUGCAAAAUAUAGGCCAGCAGUUCCAAUUUUAUCAGUUGUUGUUCCAGUUCUCACCACAGAUUCAUUUGAUUGGGCUGUCAGCGAUGAAACACCGGCUAGGCAUAGUCUGAUAUACAGGGGAUUGAUUCCCAUCCUUGCUGAAGGAUCUGCAAAAGCAACUGAUGCAGAAUCAACUGAAGAAAUCUUGGAAGCUGCCUUGAAAUCUGCCACUAAGAAAGGGCUGUGCCAGUCAGGCGAUGCUGUUGUGGCGUUGCAUCGAAUUGGAGCCGCAUCUGUUAUCAAGAUAUGCAUAGUCAAGUGA